CUGAUAGGCAGUAGCCGCGCCGGAACCGCGCUCGACGCCCGCAUCCACUCCCGCGCACGAAUAAAAAUUAUCGUAAAACAAAUAUUAACUCGCCACCGAUCGGACACGAAUAUUUUAGACGUACGAUGUAAAUUAGGUCAGCCGAGUGGAUCAAAGCACCAAGAUGACGUUGCGGGUCGAGGUGCCUGGGGAUAAAAAUGGGAGCUCCGAAUGCAAGUGCGUCAACCCCUACACGGAGACGGCGAACGCUAAGACGAAGUUAAACAAGAGGUUCAAGGAGUACCUGAAGAAGACUUGGGCUCUGAAGUCAAAGAUCACGGUCGAGCCGUACGUGGUGACGUAUAUCCUGCCGAGCGUGCUGGCGGGGCUCGCCGUGCAAAACUUAUGCCUGGAGAAAGCUUGCCUAGUGAACGCGAAAUAUGACGAGGAAACAUGCUACCACAUAAUGGUGGGGAGCACGCAGAACGUGACGCAGCAGGAGAGAAAUGUGCAGAAGAUGGUAGCGGGGAUGACGGCGUGGAGCUUCCCCCUGCAGACUGCGCUACCGGGAAUACUGUCCCUGUUCAUAGGGUCCUGGAGCGACCGAACGGGUAACAGAAAAGUGAUAAUGCUGCUCCCGAUCCUAGGAAAGAUACUGUCCGUGUUCGGUAUAAUUUUAAGCACAGUGUUUUUUCUGCAAGUCGGUCUGAACGAGACGGCGCUGAUAGAGGCUCUGCCGCCGGCGCUGGCUGGGGGAAGAGUGGCGAUGACGAUGGCGGUGUAUAGCUACGUGACGGAUAUAACGAGUGAGAAAGAGAGGACUUUCAGAUUAGGCAUCAUAACGGCGAUACUGACUUUGAGCAGACCGAUAGGGCUCGCGCUCAGCGGCAUAGCGACGAAGCGCUUCGGUUACUAUGGUGUCUUCAUAAUCGCGUGUGUGUUCUAUAUGCUCGGGUUCGUUUACAUCCUCCUCCGUUUGAGGGAGAAGAAGAAGAAGACAGUAAACAACGAGGAGACAGUGUGUACGAUGUUAUCCGCCAAGGAUUUCGUAGCGACCGCGCAGUUCGCCUUCAAAUCGCGCCCCGGCACGGGCCGCCUUCAAAUUAUUGUUAUAAUGUUGGCCUAUAUGCUCAUCGUGGGACCAGUUCUCGGUGAGGGGCAGAUGACUUACUGGUUCACAAGGUACCAGUUCAAAUUCACCGAAGUCGACUACAGCUUCUUCCUUACAUACUCCGUUGUGGUGGGAUCUGUCGGUUCCGUGAUCACGAUAUACCUGUUCAGCAAAAAGUGGAACAUAGACGACUGUAUUAUCGGGGUGUUCGCGUGCGUGAGCAGGAUAGCAGCCAGCGUGGUGUACGCGAUGGCGCCCAACCGUACUAUAUACUACCUGGGCCCAGUGCUAGACAUGUUCAGUUCUGCAGGCGCCACGUCGCUACGGUCCAUAGCUACUAAACUAGUAGGCGCCGACGAAGUCGGCAAAACAAGCUCUCUAAUCAGCAUAUCAGAGGCUCUGGUGCCAGUGAUAUACUCGCCGGUGUACAGCAAGGUGUACCUUAGCACCAUAUCCACAUUCGCUGGAGCCUUCUACUUGAUCAGCGCCGCACUUGCCGUACCUGCUAUAGCAUUAUAUUUAAUCCUCUACGCGUUAAGAAAAAGGGAAGCAAAACAGUGUCCAGAAGAGAGAGAAAACGAAGUUACUAGGUUUUAGAUACAGUUUAAGUUAUUUAUUGUUAAGUUUACCUAUGUGUACCUUUCAAAAAAAUCUCAAUAAACUUAAGGUUUUUAUUUUGAA